AUGAAUACAUGGAGAAGAAAGCAAAUGCACAGUCACAUUUAUAGGAUUCCAGAGCCAUUCCGCAAUGAGGUGGUGAUUGUGAUUGGUAAUUCAAUGAGUGGGCAGGACAUAGCCAUUGAGCUUGUGGAUGUGGCAAAGGAGAUCCAUCUCAGUGCCAAAUCUCUUGAUAUUUCAGAGGGAUUAUCAAAAGUAAUCUCCAAAUAUGAUAAUUUGCACCUUCAUCCAUUGGUAGAGUCCCUGCAAGAAGAUGGAAGAGUUAUAUUCAUAGAUGGCUCUUGUAUAACGGCCGAUACCAUCAUAUACUGCACAGGAUAUUCAUAUUCCUUACCAUUUCUUGACACCAAAGGAAUAGUGGUGGUGGAUGAUAACAGAGUGGGUCCUUUGUAUGAGCACACUUUCCCCCCAUCACUUGCUCCCUCUCUCUCCUUCAUAGGCAUUCCUAGAAAGGUCAUAGGGUUCCCUUUCUUUGAGUCACAAGCAAAAUGGAUAGCUCAGGUUCUGUCUGGCAAAAGAACAUUGCCAUCAUGUGAUGACAUGAUGCAGUCCAUCAAGGAGUUCUACCACUCGAGGGAAGUUGCUGGCAUUCCAAAGCAUUAUACCCAUGAGAUUGCAGAUUUCGAGUACUGCGAUCGCUAUGCAGAUCAUGUUGGAUUCCCCCACUUAGAAGAAUGGAGAAAAGAGCUCUUGAUUUCAACUUUGAGAAAUGCUCAAGUUAACUUGGAGACAUAUAGAGACUCGUAUGAUGAUGAUGAGCUUCUUCAAGUGGCUUAUCAGAGCCCUCAUUUCACUCAAUUUGGAACUCAAGCUUUUACUACUCCAUGA